AUGGCAGAAGCUCAGACUCAAAGAGUCUCAGAUGAGUCUGAUGAGGUUUCGGCGUUGCUGGGACCUGAUUUGGAAGGAUUGGAGACUGCCGUGGAACAUACCGGUGAAGCAAUCUUAGCCAACACAAUCAAUAAUGGCGAUUCAGUGGACACUAAUGAGGGUCGGUGGUUCAAGGAAAGCCAAAGACACCACACCCGUUUUGGUUGGCGUAAACCGGGAGUUGAGAUUUUGUGCUUUGUGAUUGGAUUGUUGACUUUUGCAGAAAGUUUGAUACUUUCGCCGACUAUUGUGAUGUCAGUGGAAAAGACGUGUGAAGUGGCUAUGCGGGAUGGAGUGUGCGACAUGGCACAGGCGCAGAAAGUGUUUUCGGAGAUUCAGUCGGUGCGGAUGCUUUUGGCUGGAACGGUAAGCACGCUUUUGGCCGGCAAACUAGGCGAAUUGUCAGACCGGUUUGGCAGGAAGCCCAUCUUACAGUACAUCGGGUGUGUGCGUCUAAUAUCGAUCGUUGCUAUCAUGUACACAAUUUUGCCGCAAACUCCGUUUUCCAAGACUGGCAUCAUGCUGGCCAACAGCGUACUCUCGGUGGGAGCAGAUCUCAUGGUGCUCAUUGCAACGGGAAAUAGUUACCUUGCUGAUUGCACGGACCCUGCAUCGCGUACAAUGGCCCUUAGCUUUCUGAUGAGUACCAUAUAUGGGACUAUGGGUACAGGGCCUCUGGUAGGAUCUGCUGUGGUCAGACUUUCCAACAACAACAAUUUUGCUCCGUUUAUUUUUGCAGCGGUCUUGGUCUUGGGAUGCAUUCUAUUCGUUACAUUUGGGUUGGUGGAGUCUCGCCAUGCACAGGCGUUGGAACACAGUCAACUCAAAGCCCAAGACCGUCGCCGCAGCUUUGACUCGAUUUUGUCGAACACGUCUUCGAGCUCGCUCCAUAACCGUGGUCGCUACCACAUGGUGAUGUUUUUGGACCUGUUGUCGCCUUUGAAAAAGUUGUGGCUUCCACCAUCUGCGGAUGGCUCACUUGUGGCCCGCCGCAGCGUUCUCGCGCUGAUCGGUAUGGAUGUCUGUUACAUGAUGUCGACAGCGGCCAUCAUGGGGCCCAUGGUGUUGUUCGGCACCUACAAAUAUCACUGGACGUCUGUGACAUUGGGAUACUUCAUGUCACUUGUGGGAAUCGGUCGGACUUUGAUUCUUUUGGUAUUUGCCCCAUUACUGCUUGUCUGGCUCAAAAAACGCCACACACGGUUGGAUAACUCAGUGGACAAUAUCGAUCUGAUCUCUAUGCGUGUGGCAAUGAUCUCUAUAACGACUUCGAUAGCUGCGGCGGCUGUGGGCGACCGGCGUGGAUAUUCGAUGAUUUUGUUCGCGUGUUUCCAGAACGUCAGUGCCAUUUUCUCGCCCACGGUGCAGGCGACCGCUGUCAAGUACUUUACUCAUUCGUCGCUGGGAGAGGUUUUCGGCGCCUUAGCUUUGGUUCGGAGUGCUACAAUGUUGAUUUUCCCAGCUGUUUUUUUCCAGGUCUAUAGCAAGACGGUGAAAGAACAUGCCAUGGCGUUUAUGGUCGUGCCACUUUGUGCCGCAGCUUUGGCCGUAGGUGUCAGCUACACGCUGGAAGCUGUCACUGAUCCUGAACGUCUACGUAGACGGUCUCAGAUGUCUUUAAGACCCGAUUCUGCCGGUUACACAAAUCCUGAUCCCGGGGCCUCCAAGUCUACUGACAGACGCGCUUCGACGUCCCAAACACUACGCGUACCUACUUCGAGAAACGGAGACAUUGCUCCCAAAGACAAUAAUCCUACACUGGCUUCAUUGUCGUCGUCUUCUUGA